AUGUUGACGAGGCAAGUGGUUGGGCGAGUCCCCGCAGCGUUGCGGGCGACGAAGGCCCCUCUCCUCAUCACCCCCAGAAAAUACGCCCGCUCCCAGGGCACCGUCGCUCAAAGCCCUUCCGCCAACGAUCUAUUCGCCAAUGGCACCAACUCCUACUAUGCGGACGAGAUGUAUCGGCUCUGGAAGCAAGAUCCAAAAUCCGUCCACCCGUCAUGGAAUGUCUACUUUUCGGGACUCGACAAGGGCCUAAGUAGCGCUCAGGCGUUCCAGCCGCCUCCAACAGCGGCGACGCUCCCACACCCCGCUGAUGGAGCCCCAGCUUUACACGUCGGUCAAGGUGCGGAACUUGACGACCAUCUCAAGGUUCAACUCCUCGUCCGUGCAUACCAAGUUCGUGGCCAUCACGUUGCUGAACUCGAUCCUCUCGGCAUUCUUGAUGCUGACCUGGCGGAUGUCCAACCACCGGAACUUGAGCUCAGUCGUUACGGUUUCACCGAAAGAGAUCUGGACAAAGAAAUCACUCUCGGACCUGGUAUUCUGCCACAUUUUGCCACUGAGGAGAACAAAACCAUGAAAUUGAGGGAUAUCAUCAAAUUGUGCAAGCGUAUCUACUGCGGUGCCGUUGGUAUUCAGUACGUCCACAUUCCCGACAAGGAGCAGUGCGACUGGAUCCGUGAGCGCGUUGAGACUCCCAAACCCUGGAACUACACCGUCGACGAAAAGCGCAUGAUUUUGGAUCGUCUCAUCUGGUCGGAAUCGUUUGAAAAAUUCAUCGCCAGCAAAUAUCCCAACGAAAAGCGCUUUGGUCUCGAGGGCUGCGAGGCCCUCAUCCCCGGUAUGAAAGCUCUCAUCGACCGAUCUGUUGAUAAUGGCGUUAAGCACAUCACCAUUGGCAUGCCCCAUCGUGGUCGCCUCAAUGUCUUGGCCAACGUCAUCCGAAAACCCAUCGAGGCUAUCCUCAACGAGUUCAAGGGCGACGAGGCAGACGACUGGCCUGCUGGUGAUGUCAAGUACCAUUUGGGUGCGAACUACGUCCGUCCGACCCCUUCCGGCAAAAAGGUAUCCCUAUCUCUGGUGGCCAACCCGUCUCAUUUGGAAGCCGAAGACCCUGUGGUUCUCGGCAAAACUCGAGCUAUCCAACACUUCGAAGGUGAUGAAACCACGCAUAAUACUGCCAUGGGUGUUCUUCUUCACGGAGAUGCUGCGUUUGCUGGACAAGGUGUGGUAUACGAGACUAUGGGCCUGCAUAACCUGCCUUCAUACGGCACCGGAGGAACCAUUCACUUGAUCGUCAACAACCAGAUCGGCUUCACCACUGACCCCCGCUUCUCUCGCUCGACCCCGUAUCCGUCCGACAUCGCUAAAUCCAUCGACGCACCCAUCUUCCACGUGAACGGGGACAACGUUGAAGCCGUUAACUUCGUUUGCCAGCUCGCCGCCGAUUACCGCGCCAAAUAUAAGAAGGAUGUCGUCAUCGAUAUCGUGUGCUACCGCCGUUACGGACAUAAUGAGACCGAUCAGCCGAGCUUCACCCAACCUCGCAUGUACGAGGCGAUCAAGAAGCAGCCGACGCCUCUCACCCAGUACACCAAAUUCCUCGUCGGCCGUGGUACAUUCACCGAGAAGGACAUUGAGGAGCACAAGAAAUGGGUCUGGGGAAUGAUGGAGAAGGCUGCCGCCGCCGCCAAGGACUAUGUGCCUACCUCAAAGGAAUGGCUCUCUGCUGCCUGGCAAGGCUUCCCCUCGCCCAAACAACUCGCUGAACGUACGCUCCCCACCCGCCCUACCGGUGCCGACAUCGAUACACUCAAGCGCAUUGGCAAGGCUAUUUCGACCUACCCCGCCGGCUUCACCCCGCACAAAAACCUUGCGCGUAUCCUGAGCACCCGUGGAAAGACUGUUGAGGAGGGUACCAACAUCGACUGGUCCACCGCUGAAGCUCUGGCAUUUGGCUCCCUCGCACUUGAACGCAUCCACGUCCGUGUGUCUGGUCAAGACGUCGAGCGUGGCACGUUCUCUCAGCGCCACGCCGUCAUCCAUGACCAGGUUAACGAGUCACAGUACGUCCCGCUGAACGAUCUCGGCUCGAGCCAGGCGCGCUUCGUCAUUUGCAACUCGUCGCUGUCGGAAUACGGUACCCUCGGAUUCGAACUCGGAUACUCCCUCGUCUCGCCCGACUCGCUCACGAUGUGGGAGGCGCAGUUCGGUGACUUUGCCAACAACGCGCAGUGCAUUAUCGAUCAGUUCAUUGCGGCCGGUGAGAGGAAAUGGUUGCAGCGCACUGGAUUGGUUGUUUCGCUCCCACAUGGAUAUGAUGGACAGGGACCGGAGCACUCAAGUGGAAGGAUUGAACGUUUCUUGCAGCUUUGCGAUGACCACCCUAAUGUCUUCCCCUCACCCGAGAAGAUUGAGCGCCAGCACCAGGACUGCAACAUGCAGGUUGUCUACCCAACCACCCCUGCUAACUACUUCCACGUUCUCCGUCGUCAAAUUCACCGUGACUUCCGCAAACCUUUGAUUGUCUUCUUCUCCAAGAGUCUCCUCCGCCACCCCUUGGCUCGCUCCAACCUCGAGGAGAUGACUGGUGAUACCCACUUCCAGCGCUACAUCCCCGAGCCCAACCAGGACUCGCUCGUUGCCCCCGAGGAGAUCAAGCGCCACAUUCUUUGCACAGGUCAAGUCUACGCUGCUCUCGUCCAGGCCCGUGAAGAGAGAGGUAUCAAGGACAUCGCUAUCAGCCGUAUUGAACAACUCUCGCCAUUCCCUUACGAUCUCAUCACUCCCCACCUCGACCAGUACCCCAACGCCAGCCUCCUCUGGUGUCAGGAAGAACCUCUGAACAACGGAGCAUGGAGCUAUGUCGGCCCUCGCAUCUAUACCGCUGCCAGCAAGACGCAACACCACAAAGGAAAAUACCCCUUCUAUGCAGGACGUGAACCCACUAGCUCUGUCGCCACUGGAAGCAAGGCAAGUCUUCUUGGUCUUAUCUUCGCUACCCAGCACAAGAAGGAGAUUGAAGCGUUCAUCAACGCCGCCUUUGAUCUCUCUGACCGUUAA